AUGCAGAUCUUCGUUAAGACACUUACCGGCAAGACCAUCACCCUUGAGGUCGAGUCCAGCGAUACCAUUGAUAAUGUCAAGUCCAAGAUUCAGGACAAGGAGGGUAUCCCUCCUGACCAGCAGCGCUUGAUCUUUGCCGGCAAGCAGCUUGAGGAUGGGCGCACUCUUUCUGAUUACAACAUCCAGAAGGAGUCCACCCUUCACCUCGUUCUCCGCCUCCGUGGUGGUAUGCAGAUCUUUGUCAAGACCCUGACCGGCAAGACCAUCACCCUCGAGGUCGAAUCUUCCGACACCAUCGAUAACGUCAAGUCCAAGAUUCAGGACAAGGAGGGUAUUCCUCCCGACCAGCAGCGCCUGAUCUUCGCCGGCAAGCAGCUCGAGGAUGGCCGCACUCUCUCCGACUACAACAUCCAAAAGGAAUCCACCCUCCACCUCGUCCUCCGCCUUCGCGGUGGUAUGCAAAUCUUCGUCAAGACUCUCACCGGAAAGACAAUCACACUGGAAGUUGAAUCCUCAGACACCAUCGACAACGUGAAGUCUAAGAUUCAAGAUAAGGAGGGUAUCCCUCCUGACCAGCAACGUCUCAUUUUCGCCGGAAAGCAACUCGAAGAUGGCCGCACCCUAUCCGACUACAACAUUCAGAAGGAGUCUACCCUCCACCUUGUCCUCCGUCUUCGUGGUGGUAUGCAAAUCUUCGUCAAGACCCUUACCGGAAAGACCAUCACGCUUGAGGUUGAGAGUUCAGACACCAUCGACAAUGUUAAGUCCAAGAUCCAAGAUAAGGAGGGUAUCCCUCCUGACCAGCAGCGCUUGAUCUUCGCUGGUAAGCAGCUGGAAGAUGGGCGCACUCUUUCUGACUACAACAUUCAGAAGGAGAGCACUCUUCACCUUGUGCUGCGUCUGCGUGGUGGUCAGUAA